AUGGAGGGCUUGGACGUAAUUCUGGGAAUGAAUUGGUUGUCAGGCAAUCACGUUAUUGAUUGCGGACGACGUAGUGUGAUUUUCCUAGAGACUUUGGGGCUGGAGUUGAUAUCAGCUCAAAAGGCGAUUAGGGAGGUAGAAGUUGGAGCUACUUGCUUCAUGAUAGUGGCUCAAGGAGAGAAGAAGAGCACAACUCAGCAGAUCAGAAGCAUACCAGUAGUGGAUGAGUAUGUUGAUGUCUUCCUAGACGAGAUUCCAGAAUUGCCACCGAGUAGGGAUGUGGAUUUCUCUAUUGAUCUCAUCCUUGGAGCGGGACCAGUUUCUAUGGCAUCAUACAGGAUGGCGCCAGCCGAGUUAGUUGAACUGAAGAAGCAGAAUGAAGACCUGCUUGAAAAGAAGUUCAUCAAACCGAGUGCAUCACCAUGGUGA